AUGAUUCUUGUAAUGAAUGUGUACAUCGAGCCAUACAAACGCGUUCUCGGAAGAUGGCAAUGUGGAUGGUUUCCAGUGGGGAAGGACGAAAAUGAAGCUUUAUCCGGAGGAUUCUACGAUGACAUUACUCGAAUUCAUCAUGUCUAUGCUACUGAGGCACCCAAUUGA